UAUGUUAUUGGAAAAUACUGUGUCCCGUGGGCAUGAGGUAUCGUUACCCCACCGAUGGCGAGAAUUUUGGAUGGUGGAUCCUCGAAACCGUCAUGUUGACUCCAUGACGCCGGUCUGGGCGUCGGCGUGAAGCGCCCAUUCCUUGCUGAUAUCAACGGAGAAAAAGAGGUGAAAUAAUAAUAGAAGAAGAAAGGCAACCAACAGAGGCUCGAUUAGAAGCCAAAAGAAAAAGAAAAAAACUAGACUUUCUCGUACCGCAAAGGCAAAGUUUCUCGAAGUAUCUCCCACUUCCCGUCAUGCAGCUAUACCAUCAUCCAUACUCAAUGGACAGCCAGAAAGUGCGGCUAGCAUUGGAGGAGAAAGGGAUUGAUUAUACGUCAUACCAUGUUAAUCCUCUGACGGGAAAGAACAUGGAUGCCUCAUUCUUUCGCAUGAACCCAACUGCAAAACUUCCUGUCUUCCAAAAUGGUGCCCAUAUCAUUUUUCGAGCCAUUGAUAUAGUUCAGUACAUAGACAGACUCACCAUCUCUCUAAAUGGAGAGGAUAAACCCAUCAGUAAUGAGGUUAUGGAAUGGAUGCAAAAGAUUGAAGGCUGGAGUUCCAAGAUAUUUACCCUCUCUCAUGUCCCAGACAAGUAUCGCCUAUUCGUUUCAAAAUUUAUUCGGCGAGUAACGAUUGCUCGGAUGGCCGAAGCUCCAGAUCUGGCCAGUGUGUAUCAUGUAAAACUUCGAGAGGCCUACGAUAUAGAGGACAAAUUGAGGGAUCCUGAUAUUGUGAAACAGAGUGAGGAAAAACUAGCUAGACUCCUUGAUGAUGCUGAAAUGCAACUGAACAAAACGAAAUAUCUUGCUGGUGAUGAGUUGACCAUAGCUGAUUCAAUGUUUGUUCCAGUGCUGGCUCGUAUAACUCUUCUUGAUCUGGAAGAAGAGUUCAUCAAUUGCAGACCCAAGAUAGUGGAGUACUACAACUUGGUUAAGCGCAGACCCAGUUAUAAAGUAGUCAUUGGAAAGUAUUUCUCAGGAUGGAGAAAGCACCGAACACUUCUGAAGACUUUGUUCUUUCUUGGCAUAAGAAGCAUGCUUAGAAGGUACUAGAGGUUCAUACUGCCGAGGGUUGUUUAAGCAUUUAAAGGGCUCAGUGUACAGUAGUGACUAAAUGCAGAAGGAAUGUAUAAUAGAAGCAAUGACUGCAAUAUCAGUGAGACUUGUUCCUCCAUUGUUUUUUAAGGGAGAAACCUUACAAAUGACAAACCAAAAUUGUCCUUGACGAGUUCUGAUCUAGGUUGAUUAGAUUGAGUGACUGUUUUGUGAUGUGCAUGGUUUGGUGCUUCUAUCUUAAAUUAAGCAUCUAUCUUCCAUGUGGUGGAUGAUAAAAGUCAUCCUUUUGUACAAUUGCAACUUCUCUUCUCUUACAAACUGUCUACUACGAGCUGUACAUCUUGCAAGGGGGAAAUAAAACUCUGUUCUUCAUUUUUUUUUGAGA